CUGUGAUUUAAGCAGUGGCAUCACUCUCAAAAGCGAAAUUUAGAUUUGUUGUUUUAUAAUUACGAAAAUGCCCCCCCAAACGUUGCUGCUACAAGAUUUGGUAGGAAAAUAUCUGCAGUGUUUGCUCAUCGCAUCUGUGUAUACACACUGUGUUCAGGCAAAUGGUAAAGAUGGCAAGGGGCACAUGGCCAAAGAUAAUGCUUUUUGCUGCUCAGGAGAGGAGACGUGGUGCUGCCCGGAACAUUUCUAUAUGCACUGGUGGUUUUGGAUCCUGGCUGUGCUGGUGUCAAGCUUCAUUUGUUGUGGAACUUAUCUCUGUGUUGGCUUUAUCCGUCGUUGUCGAGAUUCUCGUAAACUUCGACGGUCGAUUGGUACACAGAUUCAUUACGAAUCAUUUGGAGCAGCAUCCGGAAAUUGGGGAUCGCAAACGGUGUUCGGGACACCGACUUAUUCUGAUGUUGCACGCGAGGUACGGGUAAAAGUUCCUUCUUCUACUGGUAAAGCAUCUAACAGUUUUUAGCGAUGACCUAACCAUUUCACGCUUACUCAACGGCUGUUUACAAAUACUACAAUCUACUCAGAAUUAUCUUGAUUGUAAUUUGCCUUCCCAAGGCCCGACGGUAUUUAAUUCCCCUUUAAAUUUUUUACUCCAUGACGUAGAGCCAUAAUACGUAUCGAGGCCUUUAAGAGCAUUUAUCUCGAUUUAAUUCACUGCGAGCAUAACACUAUUUACGCAUAGUUCACUGAACUUAAA